CUUUGGCAUUGCUCACUGUGUCCAAUAAAAUUCUAAGCUUGAAGAGCAGCAGGCACUUCUCUGCGCAGCACAAUAUUCUCUUCCGGGCUGAAGGCCUGUUCAAUCUGUGAACCUUCAAGGAGUGAAAAAUGGACUAUGUUUAUGGACCCGGAAGGAACCAUCUCUUUGUUCCAGGCCCGGUCAAUAUUCCGGAGCCAGUCCUUCGGGCUAUGAACAGAAACAAUGAGGAUUAUCGUUCUCCUGCUGUUCCAGCAAUGACAAAAAUUCUGCUGGAGGAUGUGAAGAAGAUUUUCAAGACUACAACUGGAACUCCAUUUAUGAUCCCUACCACAGGUACUGGUGCUUGGGAGAGUGCACUUACAAAUACAUUAUCUCCUGGAGACCGGAUUGUAUCUUUCCUGAUUGGCCAAUUCAGUUUGCUAUGGAUUGAUCAGCAGCAGCGCCUUAAUUUCAAGGUGGAUGUUGUAGAAAGUGAAUGGGGCCAAGGUGCCAACCUUGACAUUCUGGCAUCAAAACUUGCAGAAGAUACUGCGCACACUAUAAAAGCAAUAUGCAUUGUUCACAAUGAAACAGCCACUGGAGUUACUAAUAAUUUAGCUCAAGUGAGAAGAAUACUUGAUGAGUACAGGCAUCCAGCUCUCUUUCUUGUUGAUGGAGUGUCUUCCAUAUGUGCUCUUGACUUCCGUAUGGAUGAAUGGGGAGUAGAUGUAGCUUUAACUGGUUCUCAGAAAGCUCUUUCUCUCCCCACUGGCAUUGGGAUUGUGUGUGCAAGCCCAAAAGCUCUAGAGGCAUCUAAAACUGCAAAGUCAGUAAGAGUAUUCUUCGACUGGAAUGAUUACUUGAAGUUCUAUAAGUUGGGAACAUACUGGCCAUAUACCCCUUCCAUCCAGUUGCUAUAUGGACUGCGCACAGCACUUGAUCUUAUUUUUGAGGAAGGACUUGACAACGUGAUUGCAAGACACAGCCGUUUGGGAAAAGCAACAAGGCUUGCUGUGGAGGCAUGGGGCUUGAAGAACUGCACCCAAAGUGAGGAAUGGUUCAGUGACACAGUAACAGCUGUGCUUGUUCCUCCAUACAUUGACAGUACAGAAAUUGUGAGAAGGGCAUGGAAAAGGUACAAUUUGAGCUUAGGCCUAGGCCUAAACAAAAUAGCUGGCAAGGUUUUCAGAAUAGGGCAUCUUGGCAAUCUGAAUGAGUUGCAAUUGUUGGGUUGUCUUGCUGGUGUCGAGAUGGUACUUAGGGACGUGGGCUACCCUGUUAAGCUAGGAAGCGGAGUUGCAGCUGCUAGUGCAUACUUUCAGAACAACACCCCUCUGAUCCCUUCCAGGAUUUGAUUUUCCAUCAUUGUAAUUUAUUUUCCUCUAUGCUUUGCUUCAGGAUGUACUGUAAAUAACGCGUAUUUGUUCCUCUCCUUGCACUCUCUUGAGGCUAUCCAAAUUCCCUACUUAAUACAUGGUCUUUUGGAUGUUCCUAUAUCUGAAA